AUGGCGCGCUGGCCCGGCUCGCUGGAGUGCUGGGCGCCUGUGCUGGAGGAUCUUGCGCCGCUGCUGACGCGCCGGGUUGAGUGGGUUGCGCUCGACUUCUCCGGCCACGGCGCGUCAACAUCGUCUCCGCCGACGGGGCGGUGGGACGAGUACCACGUGGCCGAGGCGCGGGAGGUGCUUCAGUCGGAGCUGCGUGCUGUCGCUCCGGCGUCGCGCACCGUCGGAGUGGGCCACUCCAUGGGCGGCGCCGUGCUGGCUGCGCUCGAGCUGCGCCAGCCUGGCUCGCUUGCUCGCGUGGCGGCCAUUGAACCGCCCAUCUUCCCGGCCGCCGCGCGCUGCCUCGGGCUGCCCCUCGUCGCCAGCGAGGUGGCGGCGGGGUACGACGGAGGCGCCGCCGUCACGCUCGUCACCUGCUCCGCGUCGCGCUUCUCGCCGUUGCUGCUGCCGGGCAGCGGUCCCGCCGCCUACUCGCUCGUCGCGCAGACGCUGCGCGCGGGCGUGGUCCGACUGCCAGGGGCGAGCCACCACCUGGUCGUGCAGGAGCAACCGGCGCUGGUGGCGAGGCUCGUAGCGGAUGAGGUAGCUGCGAUCGUCUAG